CUAUGGGAGCAUCCGAACUGCAGUGCUUACACUUUCCCCUCUUACUCACACCCUCCCUCCCUCCUCAGGCGCCAAAGCUCCGCUUGUGAAUCAUCCUUCUUCAUUAGUUCCCUCUCACGUCUCUAUGCCUCUUCACUUCCGGCCUCCAAGCUCCAGUCCGCCGGUUCCGCUUGUUCCUGUCUCUCUCUCUCUCUCUCUCUCCGGUGCAGACAAAAAAAAAAAAAAGCAAAGAGAGAGAGAGAACGUCUCUCCAAACGUCCGUCCUCUCUCCUGUUCCCUCUAUGAUAUCUUCUUAAAGCUAUCUCGUCAUCCUCCUCCACGAGUGGGCAGGGGCAGGCUGGAGAUUCCUUCUUCCUCUCUCUCUCUCUCUCUCUUUUGGAUCGUACCAAGCUGGAGCCGAGCCGGGGGGGCGGGGGAGGGAAGAUGGCGCAGGCCUUGUCCGAAGAGGAGUUCGAGCGCAUGCAGGCCCAGUUAUUAGAACUUCGAACACAGAAUUACCAGCUCUCUGAUGAACUCCGCAAGAACACAGCUGAAUUAAAUGGGCUCCGACAACGGGUCUCCUAUUUAGACAGGGACUUUGCUAAGGCUCAGAAGGCUCUGAAUAAGAGUAAAAAAGCUCAGGAGGUGGAUGCACUGCUUAGUGAAAAUGAAAUGCUUCAGGGAAAACUGCAUAGCCAAGAGGAUGACUUCAGGCUGCAAAAUAGCACUCUCAUGCAGGAGCUCUCCAAGCUGUGCUCGCAGAUUGAGCAGUUGGAGAAGGAUAAUCAGAUUCUUCAGGAAGGAAAGACAGCGGUAGCCAGCGAAGGGGCGUUCCCAGCCAGCUCUGUGGAUGGCGAGCUGUUAAGGCUACAGGCAGAGAAUUCUGCCCUGCAGAAGAACAUGGCAGCUUUACAGGAGCGCUAUGAGAAGGAAGUGGCCCGGCAAGCAGAAAACAGAGGUGGCGGGAAAGGUGAUGGUUCCCCGGAGCCUUGUCCCACUGUGCCAGAGACGACUUCGGAACGGCCGGCAUUUGACAGUGACGGUAGCGGUGCCAUUUCACAGCAGCUUCUCUCGGAGGUUGAACUGAAACUGCAGACCGAGAGGGAGGAGAAAAUACUACUGAAGGAGCAGCUGCAGAGCCUCGAGGCAUCCAAGACAACGGAGACCUCCCGCCUGCAGCAAGAGCUCUCCAAGUUUGUAGAGAAGCUUAAGAAGAAACAAGAGAGCUUUGUGCGCCUUCAGACAGAAAAAGAAGCUCUCUACAAUGACAGCAGGACCAAAAUUGAGGAGAUCCAACAACGGAAGGAAGAGGAACUCAAAUCUCUGCAAGUUCGUAACCAGAAGCUGCAACAGGAGCUCCAGUCCACAAACCAGGGCUUCUUGGAAUUAAAGGACCAAUUGCAGAGUGGUCAAAAAGAACAUGAAUUGGCUCUUCAGACUCUGCAGGACCAAGUUGCGUGCCAAAGUGCGGAGAGCCAGGAACAGGUUGAGACCAUUCUGUCUGAAAACGAUGCUCUGAGAACCAACCUUGCAGCCUUAGAACAGAUCCAGACAUCUAAGACUCAAGAAAUGAACCUGAUGCGAGAACAGGUGGCAGCCUUGGGAGAUGAGCUGCAGCAGCGUCAGAAUGAGAAGGAGGCAUUGGCUGCCCAGCGGGAUGACCUCAACACACAAUUGCAGGAGUCACUCCGGGGCAGUACUCGUUUUAUGGAGCAAGUUCAAGAACUCAGGCAGGAAAAGGAGAGAUUAUUACAAGAGCUUGAUGAAGUACGGAAGACAGCAGAGAAACGCAAGGCCAUGCUAGAUGAGAUGGCCAUUGAGACCCAGCAAGAAAAGGGACGCCACAAGGAAGAGCUCGGUAACCUCCGUCUGCAGCAUGAGAAAGAGAUGCUGGCUGUGAGGGCACGCUAUGAGCGGGAGCUGCGGGAGCUGCAUGAGCACAAGAAACGGCAAGAGGACGAGCUGCGUGGUCAGCUCAAGGAGGAGAAGGCUCGUAGUCAAGAACUGGAAUCCAUGCAACAAACUGUGGAAGAGCUACGUCUCCAGAUCCAAUCCAUGGAUGGCACCAAGGGCUGGUUUGAACGGCGGCUUAAAGAGGCUGAGGAGUCGAUAGAGAAGCACCAGCAGGAACACAUGGAGGCCCUGAGAAUCUGUAAAGAGCAGCAUGCAGCUGAUUUACAGCUAAAAGUCCAAGAAGUGGAGGCAACUAAGGAAAAACUGAGAGAGAUUGAAAAAGCCAGGAAUGAGCACAUGGACACAGUCAACCGGCUGAAGCAGGAAGUGAAGGACACAGUAGAUGGGCAACGGAUCCUGGAGAAGAAAGGGAGUGCAGCAUUGAAGGACCUCAAAAGACAGCUUCAUCUAGAAAGGAAGCGAGCAGAUAAACUUCAGGAGCGCCUGCAGGAAAUCUUGACCAACAGCAAGAGUAGGACAGGAAUUGAGGAUCUUGUACUGGCAGACAUCAGUUCCCCCAGUCGGACUCAGACGGGAGACAGUAGCAGCAUCUCAUCCUUCAGCUAUCGUGAAAUCAUGAAGGAGGGAUCCGUGGCUGGCAGUAACAAGUCAACCACAGGAAGCCCACAGUCACAGUCGCAACCUCCACGGCCAGCCGACCUUUCAGAUGAGGAGAUCUCAGAACUGUUCCAGCGGCUGGCCGAAGUUCAGCAGGAGAAGUGGCUCUUGGAGGAAAAGGUGAAACACCUUGAAGUCAGUAGUGCCUCCAUGGCUGAGGACCUAUGCCGGAAGAGUGCCAUUAUUGAGACCUAUGUGAUGGACAGCCGUAUUGAUGUGUCUGGGGCUCAUGGGCAGGUUGAUCGAAGUAGCCUAAGUAGUGUCCUGCGAGAUCUGGUGAAGCCAGGAGAUGAGAACCUGCGUGAGAUGAACAAGAAGCUACAGAACAUGCUGGAGGAGCAGCUCACCAAAAACAUGCACUUACAGAAGGAUUUGGAGGUCCUUUCCCAGGAGAUCGUCCGUCUUAGCAAAGAGUAUGUCCCGUCCUCUGAUGCUGAACCUGGCCUGGAUGAUGCUGUCUGAGCUCAGUUCCACCUGUGAUGCCGUCCUCCGUGCUUGGCCCUUGGCUGCGCUGCUGGUGUGUGGGGGGUGGUGGGGAGGGGUAGAGAUAUUGGAACUUUCUGCCUCCCCUCUCUCUGGUCGGACCAUUUCUUUCAACUGUAUCGGAGGGGGCAGGCGUUUAACCCCGCUACUCUUUCCCCCUUAGCGGAGCAGUUUCUCCCUUCAUCACUGUUCUACUCAGGCCUUUCCCCAAACAGAUUGAUUUCUUUCGAAUCAUGCACCUACUGAUUACGCUGCCUGCCUCUUCGUGGACCUGCCUUUGCUGCCCCGUAGGAAGCCCUGGCAGCAGUAGCCUAUCUGCAGUUGGCACUUUUUUAAAAAAGUUGCAUGGCCAAUUGCAGCUUUGUUUCUGAGGUUGCCAGUUUUGAAACUGCCUCCCUCCUUCCAAGGUUGUCAUCCCUGAUCCUGAGGAGUUUCCCCAUGGAGGAGGAAGAGGAGGAGGAGGAGGAGGUGUUCCUGCCAUAAUAAAGCUCCAUAAUCCAUUCUCAACAUAUAGCAGUCCUGGGAGUAAAGUUCAGUUUCCUUAAAAGCUUCUCUCCCUGCAUUCUUCUCCGCAAGCUGCAUUUGUGAUUCUGUAGCUUCUUCUGAGUCAUAGUCAUACCACCUCCCUCAUUUUGCAUGUCUGGCCAUAUAUAUAUAUAAUAUGGGUUGCAGCUGUGCCCCUUUUUCCAGUAAUAGAGGUGGAGCAAAGGCAACGUGUUUAUUUAACACAUCAAUGACUUGUACAAGGCUGUAAUUGUUGAGUAACUGAUAAUGCAAAGAAUGGUGGGUUGGGGAUUUUUUUCGGAGGGGGGUGGCUUUUACUCUGUGUGAACGUUGAAUUCAGAACGAUCUGAAUUGAUGGGUACUAUUCUAGUAGACAUAAACUGGAGAGGUCUCUCCCCAGGCCAAGGUCGUGUUCCAUCUUCCCAUCCUUUUUCUAAGUCCAGGGUAGGCAAAGGGUAGCCCUCGGCCUAAUUUCAAACCAGGCAGUUUAGAGCUCUGACAGACGUGAUGCUGCUCCUUGUUUGAUAGCUCGCUGGAUAGGAAGAAAAAGAGGUAUUCGGUGGGGAGAGAGAGAAUGGAGCUUCCACCCAUUUGGGGCUCUGACUUGACCUCAGCCUGGCCAUAGGCUUCCAUCAUGACCCACCAAAGACUAUGCCUAAUAAAGACGUGUUGAUUUACCUCAGUGGGUAAAAUACUGCCCAUCCCCUGCUCCAGGUCCUUGACUGGAUUCAGCUGUACAGUCGCUGCCACCCCCUGCUCAUUGUAUCUCUGAGCUCUGCCCUAGUCCCCUAUGGCUCUGUGGGAAAAGAGAGGGCUGAUGAUAUUUGGGGCUCAGAAAGUGAAUCUCUGCUUGCUGGUAGCGCAUUUCAGAAAAAGAUUAGUGUCCUGCUUGUUCUGCUGUUUGACCAGUCCUUGGACAUACUACUACUCAGUGCUAAUCCAGCAUUUUGGACGGUGAGAGGAGAGUUUAGGAAAUAACAUUGGGCCUUUCUUUAUUAGAAUUGGCAAAAAAGACUUUCCUGUGCAGUUUCUCAUCCCUGGCUGCUCCAUACAAAGGAAGCUUUGAUGGUACUAAGGGGGACAGCUGGUAGGGAGGUGAAUCCCUCCUUCCUGUGGCCGCAGUAAAUGACGUGGAUUCAUUUUCUCAGCAUUUAUUUAAGAAGAAACUUAGCUUCUGUCAGACUUCAUUGCAAUAAGCAAAUCAAUCCAAAUAUCCAAAAAAAUAUUUUGCCCAAAAUUCUCCCCUUAGGUUCUUGGGCCUUUAAUUGGGGGGAGGGAGGGAGAAGCAAUCUGUGACUUUCCUGCUGUUGUUAACUACAGCUCCCAGCAUCCCUCACCAUUAGACAUGCUGGCAAAGGCUGCUGAAAGUUUACUGGUUGUUUGAUAGCAGAGAAGAUCUGAGUACUCAGCAAUGUGCAUGAACGAAUCACACUCAGUCACUCUGCUAUAAGAAAACAUUAGUUUAUUUCACCUCAACAUUUUUCAAAUUCACCUUUUUUAUAUUUAUUCAAACGCUCGGGGACAAGAGGUGUAAGGCUUAAAGAACACAUGGUUGUUUCCUUAUCAGCAAGAUCUUGAAUUUGAAACCCAAGACCAGGGCUACGAAUCAAAAGUCUCUACCUGAAUGGAUGAUGUGCCCAAGCCCAUCUUUACAAUGUUAGUUUUAGAAAAAAAACAUUUUGCUUUCAGUGAGUUUUCUCUUCCAUUUACCAGAUUACAAAUGAACGACUCAAGAAAGUAGCAAUUUAGAGAGAAGGAAAGAGGUUGCACAAAGCUAUAUAUCCUUGACUGGAGAUUUUAUUUUUUUGAAAUUAUAGCAAUUAUUCUCAAUGCUUCUGGGCUAUAAAAUCUUUGCUCAAGUUGGA